GACAUUGGUCGGUGGGGACAGCGCGUUAAUUAAAGGCACGCUUCCCUGGGACGCGGCCAGUGCCAGAGACCGGGGUUGUAAAUAGGUACAAGAGACAAAGCUUAUGCAAAUCGCAGGCGGCGUGGCACGGGGCAGACAUGAUGCAGUCACCCACUCCUAUUCGAGGCGUGGGGGGUGGGGGUAGGUAUUGUCUCAAAGCGUAUAUAAACCGUUUUAUUUAGUCGUGUGCCAUACUCGCUGCUCACACGAGCUCAUUGCACCGAUCAGAAGAAAGCAACUUCAGUCGCGUGUCGCUGGAAGAAGUCAUCGCAAGAGGGAGAGGGCUGACACAACCCCGCGUCCACCCUUCUCAAUAAUGGAGUGCUUACAUUCCGAUUAUGAAAACAGCGAGCUCUCUUUCCCAAUGACAGACGAAGAAGACAGCGUGAGUUUCAUCAUUUCGUCGCCCAUCUCGUCGGCGGGCAACUCUUCAGCCGCGCUGUCGGCAGGACAGGCACCAGGCUCAGCCUGCGAGCGCCCGGACGAUGCGAGGGACAAGAAGCGCAAGCCGAGGGGUCGGUCGAGGGCGAAGCCUCAGGGCGGCGUGCACCUGGUGAAGAGAAGCCGGAGAACCAAGGCCAACGACCGCGAGAGGAACCGCAUGCACAACCUGAACUCGGCCCUCGACAACCUCCGCGGCGUCCUGCCCACCUUCCCCGACGACGCCAAGCUCACCAAGAUCGAAACGCUGCGAUUCGCUCACAACUACAUCUGGGCUCUGUCCGAAACUCUGCGGUUGGCCGACCAGUGCGUGGACGGUGGCAGAAAGCCGGCGAUGCUGCCCGCUUACCUGAAAGCACUGGAGCCUCCUAGCCCCGGCAGCGACGCGGGAUCCUGGCUGACCACGCCGUCCUCCUCCCCCGCGACCACUUGUACCUCCAACCCCACCAGCCCUUCCAACUCCGAGGACUACUCGUACAAAAGACAAUCAGACAGCUUCUUCCCAUUCCGCACUAUACAGAAAGAGUUCCUCAACGAGGUGUCUUACUUCAAUGAUUAUCACUGAAGGACUUCAACCCCCGAACUCACAAAGUGACUGUUUCACAACUAUGCCUUAUAAUUACAUGAUCGGUGUUCCUUCCAGAAAUUGUCAGCAGGGGAGAUCAGUAGGAUGUUUUUGUUAGAACACAAAGUGAUGGAUUUAAUAUAAGCGGGUCAGGCAGCAUCACUGGAGGACAUAAAUUUGGGUCGUUUUGGGUCGCGACCCUUCUUCAUUCAGGACAUUGAUGGGCGACCCGAAACGUCCAGAGAUGCUGCCUGACCCGCUGAGAUAUAGACUCAUACAGCGUGGAAACAAGCCCAGCGGCCCAACCUGCCCACACUGACCGAAGAUAGACACGAUACACUGGAGUAACGAAGCGUGACAGGCAGCAUCUCCGAAGAGAAGGAAUGGGUGAUGUUUCGGGUCGAGACCCUUUUCUCGAAACGUCACCCAUUCCUUCUCUCCAGAGAUGAUGCCUGUCCAGCUUUUUGUGUCUUCGGGUUAAACCAACAUCUGCAGUUCCUUCAUACACAUUUUGCCCACAUUGACCAACAUGUCCCAUCUACACUGGUCCCACUGGCCUGCGUUUGGCCCGUAUCCAUGUAAACAUAUUCUAUCCAAUUACUCCAGCACUUUGUGUUCUGCGUAAGAUUCCAACAUCUGUAGUUCCUUGUGCCCAAGAUAUAGUUUUACGUAUGUUAUAUAAAAUGGUAGUUACUUCGUUUAGAUAGAAAUGCAACACACCAUGAACAUUUUGUCAAUUUGCUAUUUGCUAAAGAGACGGAGGUUAGAAGUAAAAUGAUUAGCAUCGCUCGAAAGAGGUGUCAGUUCUUUGUAAACCCGUCUUAAACUGUUUGCCUCUGUGCACUUUCUGAUGUUUCACAAAAGCUUCCAUUGUCGGCCCCCGCAGAAUAGUCGCCGUCCCCUGUUAAAGCGAGUUAGGGUCAAAGAGAGAGAGAAUGAGAGAGUGAGAGAGGGGGGAGGGGGACGGGGAUGUGUUGCUGCAUGCGAGGUGAGAAGUCAGCUUUACAAUUUGUAGAGUCCUAAUGAAGAAAAAUGAGCGUGGAAAUUUAGUUUGAACGCCCUGACAAUGGGAUGAAAGGAGCGGAGAAAGGAGACAAGAGACAGCGAGUUCAUGCAUUAUGGAUCCCGACCUCCGGCGCAGUUCUGAGACUCUAGCCCUUUUGGCCACGGAUUUCAGGCCAAUCUGGCCACGACGUCCCUGUGUGAUAUUUAUUCAAAAAGAAGCAUUCAUAUGAAGAUGUAUUUUUUUUUGUAUAUAAAGAGUUUAUUCUAUUAUGUAUUCGGCCCAACUUUAAUACUUUGGUUCUUUAUACACGCCUUUUGUAAAUAAAGAUUUUAACGUUUUUACAAAGUAUAUGAUGUUCGCUUCAUUUUGGUUUAAAAACACCGACAAACACAUGUGGGGAAAAAAAUCACUUAAUUUGUGGUUGAGAUUUAAGAUGUACAUUUUCGGAAUGAAAUGAUACGGAAUUUUCUCUGUUUCAAAAUAAUUCAAUAGAUUUUAUAUACCUGACCAUGACUCAUCCCGUGUUACAGCUUAAUAAUUGAACAUGCACCGGUCUUCUGUCUAACAUUGGGAAAUAAAUUACAUUUAAGCCAAUUAACCCACACACAUGUGCAGGAAAGAACAGCAGAUGCUGGUUUAAAUCGAAGAUGGACACAAAAUGCUGGAGUAACU